UUAUAUCGAUACAUGUAUAUAUCGCCUAAUUACAAAAAAUAAAUAUAAAUGAAGUGAAGCGGACGCAGCAACAAAAACAAAGAGAUUGCUACGAUCAAAAUGCUACGGGCAAUCGGGAAACGGGAUAGGGAUAUCUUCGAAGAGGUUUGGCCGGACAAAAGGCGGAUAGUUUUGAAGCUUCUGCGUCAGGAUACGGUGUCGCAACGCGAAUGGCAGGACCUGUUCUUCGGCGUCCACUUCGUGUGCCUCUGGGACGAGAAGGGCGCGGCCAAGAUCUACGACUGUUUACAGCAAGACAUCGUCGAGUUCAUCGUCCAGGCCCAAAGCCAAGUGCAAGCCCAACGAGGCGAACAGGCCCUCCUGGCCACCUAUAUCGUGGAGUGGCGCAAGUUCUUCACACAGUCCAACUACCUGCCGCUGCCCUUUCGCCAACUAGAGCAGUCGCCUCAGGUGAAGCCAUCGUCCAGUGGUAGCAGUUCGUCCGCAUCUGUUUCUGCUUCGGGCGCAAGUACGAGUGCCGCGGCGGCAGCAGCAGCCUCUUCUUGUAGCGGCGGGGCUGGGAAGUCAGGGGGCACUACCUCAUCCGCCGCUGGGGCCUCUACUUCCGCCGCUGCUGCCGCAUCCACAUCUGCCUCCACAAGCUCAGCAGCUGCAGCUGCAGCCGCUUCCGGUAGCGGGAGCACCAGUAGCAGCACAUCUACCUCCAAGAAAAAUCCCACGGAGGACAGUCCUGUACGUAAACUUAUGCUGGACUCGUGGAACAAACACAUUUUCCACGACAUUAAGCACCGCCUGCAGGAGUCGGCCAUGAAGAUUGUACAUGCCGAACGGAAUGGCGAUGCCUAUGAUGCCCAGCUGGUGGUGGGUGUACGCGAGAGCUAUGUGAAUCUCUCCUCGAACGCCGAGGACAAGCUUGAGAUAUACAGGGAUAACUUUGAGAUGGCAUACCUUAAGGCCACUGCUGAAUUCUAUCGCCUGAAAUCCGCAGAGCAGCAGCAGGAGAACGGAGUGCUGGCCUAUAUGAAAUACGCUGACUCUAAGUUGAGAGAAGAAGAGGUGAGGGCCAAGCGGUAUUUGGAGCCCAGUAGCUUUAGCAUACUCACAUACACGUUGGUGAAGGUCCUUAUAGUGGAUCAUCUGAACUCGAUUAUAGCCGAGUGUCCAGCUUUGAUCAGGGAUUAUGAAACGGAGCGCUUAAAUCUCAUGUUCCGCCUGAUGGAUCGUGUGCUGCAUGGCGUAGGGGUAGAGGCCAUGAUGGGUGACCUACAACGGCAUAUCAUGUCUGCCGGGCUAGCCGAUAUGCUGUCUGCAUCGGAGGUGAUCACACAGGAUUCGGAGAAGUACGUAGAGCGGCUGCUUGAGCUGUUCAACAAGUUCAGCGAUCUGGUGCGCAAUGCUUUCAACGAUGAUCCCCGCUUCCUCACUGCCCGCGACAUCGCCUUCAAGACGGUGGUCAACGACACCAGCGUGUUCAAGAUGGAGCUGCCCACGAGUAUCGCUAAUCGAGGUGUGAAAUACACGGCGCCGGAAAGCAAAUGCCCGGAACUGUUGGCUAACUAUUGCGACAUGCUGCUGCGACGGACGCCGCUCAGUAAACGUCUCACCAGCGAGCAAAUUGACGCCCGCCUCCGCGAUGUCCUGUUAGUCCUGAAAUAUGUCAACAACAAGGACGUUUUCAUGCGCUAUCACAAGGUUCACUUAACAAGGCGCUUGAUUCUGGGGACCAGUGCUGACAGCGAAAAGGAAGAAGACAUUGUCGAAUGGCUACGCGAGGUAGGCAUGCCCGCGGACUAUGUAAAUCGGCUGGCACGCAUGUUCCAGGACAUUAAGGUCAGUGAAGAUCUGAAUACUCAGUUCCGCACUUCAAUAAGUCGGCACGAUGCUAUCAACAUUAAAAUACUCAACGCGGGAGCUUGGGCCCGCUGCUCAGAGCGUGUAUCAGUAUCACUGCCCAUCGAGCUGGAGGACUAUAUUCCCGAUGUGGAGGAGUUCUACAAAAAAAAGCAUUCCGGUCGUAAGCUGCAGUGGUACCAUCACAUGAGCAACGGCACUAUUACUUUUGUGAAUAACUUUGGGCGUUACGAUUUGGAUGUGACCACCUUCCAGAUGGCCGUUUUGUUUGCCUGGAAUCAGCGCCAACACGACAAGAUCUCAUAUGAGAAUCUUCGCCUGGCCACAGAAUUGCCUGAUCCUGAGCUAAGACGAACUCUGUGGUCCCUUGUGGCGUUCCCCAAGAUUAAAAAACAGAUCCUGCUCAUGGAGCCGGCAGCUAUCAGUUCCCCCAAGGACUUUGCCGAAAACACGAUGUUCUAUAUCAAUCAAGAGUUUGCCAUUGUCAAAAAUGGCAAGUCCCAGAGGCGUGGGAAGCUUAACCUAAUAGGACGUUUGCAGUUGAGCACGGAACGCUCGCAGCAAGAGGACAAUCAGUCCAUUGUGCAGUUGCGUAUCCUGCGCACACAAGAAGCCAUUAUCAAAAUAAUGAAAGUGCGCAAGCGGAUGAAUAACGCAGCGCUACAGGGUGAACUCAUUGAUAUACUGAAGAACAUGUUCCUGCCGUCCAAGAAGAUGAUCAAGGAGCAGCUGGAGUGGCUCAUCGAGAACAAGUACAUGAGGCGAGACGACGAUGACAUCAACAUGUUCAUCUACGUGGCCUAAGCAGCUGCUCCUAAUUCCGGAUCUAGUCUCAGUCCCGUCUAUGCAAUCAUUCCCAUUUCCAUUCCCUCACACGCUACUCAAAAAUAUCGCUGCAGCGAUUUUAAUCUCAACGCCGACGUGCUCAAAGCACGCGCCCUAUUUCUGUCUGUGGAAUUGGAUAAUUGUAUUAUAUGGAAACGUGAUUCGCUACUGACAUUGCGUCCUCAGAGCAUUUAAAAGACCCACAUCUCAAUCUGCAUCCGCUUCACGAAUCCACGCUCUGUAUUCAUAUCUGUAUUCGUAUUUGUGAAAGUUUGUAUUUUUAUAUAUUGGCCCACUGGCUGCUCCGGCGUAGCUCUAGGUAUUAUGUUUUGUGCGGUAUUUGCACCCUGGAAAUUCCACGCUCAUGCCCACACCCUGCCCCCGAGUAAUAUCGAUCGAUAGCGUUAAUCUAAUCAACCUGCUGUUUUCUAUGUGUGUAGUUUUCCCUUGUUUGUUUCCGUUGCCUGGUCCUCUGUUGAUUCUUGGGUAUUUUGCAAUGUUCUAUGUGAGACUCACACACCCACAAAGGGAUUGAAACCUCCUGAAGGUUGAGCGGUAGCCAAUUCUUCGCCUCCGGUCACUCCCAGCAUGGAAUGCCUAAUCACACACAAACACUCACACACACACGCGAUCGUAAAACUACAACUAAAAUAGCAAUACUUUAAGUUUAAGCUAAUGAAUAAACUUGGUUCUACACAUAAUGAAA